CGAGCUUUCUACACUGUUCCUUUCUCUCUCAAUUUCGCUUUUCCGAUGGUGAUUUCAGAUGCGCCUGAUGGCGGAGGCGCCGCCGUCGCGGAUCUCCGGCGCAGGCCGAUCGCGAGAGGCGACGCGGAUUCGGAGUCCAGGGACGGCAAUUUGGUUGUGGACUCCACCUCCACUGACGACUCGGUGCUCGCGAAGAUCACUGGAGACGAGAACAAGGUGAGGAAUGAAGCUCCUGUGGAGUCGGUUCACAGUGGCGGCGGGGAGGAGAAGAAGAAGAACUUUUCUUACCGGCCGUCGGAGAUUCCGGCGCACCGGAGGAUCAAGGAGAGUCCUCUCAGCUCCGACGCUAUUUUCAGACAGAGCCAUGCAGGUCUUGUCAACCUGUGUAUAGUAGUACUUGUUGCCGUAAACAGCAGGCUUAUCAUCGAGAAUUUAAUGAAGUAUGGUUGGUUGAUUAGAACCGGUUUUUGGUUUAGUUCAAGAUCAUUGCGAGAUUGGCCCCUUCUUAUGUGUUGCCUUACUCUUCCUAUCUUCCCAUUUGCCGCCUUUGUAGUUGAGAAGUUAGCAGUAGAAAAGCGUAUACCAGAAUUUGCUGUUGUUUCUCUUCAUAUCGCCAUUACCACAACUGCACUUUUGUAUCCUGUUCUUGUAAUUCUCAGGUGUGACUCUGCUGUUUUAUCUGGCGUUACGUUGAUGCUCUUUGCUUGCAUUGUGUGGUUAAAACUCGUCUCCUUUGUGCAUACAAAUUAUGAUAUGAGAACGGGUACUGUAUCAGUUGAUAAGGUGGAUGUUGUGCCUGGUUCUCCAAGUGUUGAUUGCUCUCGUGAACUUAGCUUGAAAAGUUUGACGUACUUCAUGGUUGCCCCAACAUUAUGUUACCAGACUAGUUACCCUCGUACCCCAUCUGUUCGAAAGAGUUGGGUGUCCCGUCAAUUUGUCAAGUUAAUCAUUUUCACAGGAGUCAUGGGAUUCAUGACAGAACAAUACAUCAAUCCUAUUAUCAAGAAUUCUCAACACCCUUUGAAGGGGAACCUUUUAUAUGCAAUAGAGAGGAUUUUGAAGCUUUCUCUUCCAUGCUUAUAUGUGUGGCUAUGCAUGUUCUAUUGCUUCUUUCACCUCUGGUUAAACAUUCUUGCUGAAUUGCUGUGUUUUGGGGACCGAGAAUUCUAUAAAGAUUGGUGGAAUGCAAAAACUGUUGAGGAGUAUUGGAGAAUGUGGAAUAUGCCUGUGCAUAAGUGGAUGCUUCGCCAUAUCUACUUCCCUUGCUUGCGUUAUGGAAUACCAAAGGGAGUUGCUGUCGUAAUUGCAUUCCUAGUAUCUGCUGUGUUUCAUGAGCUAUGCAUUGCUGUUCCUUGUCACAUAUUCAAGUGGUGGGCGUUCUUGGGGAUUAUGUUCCAGGUACCGCUGGUCUUGAUCACAAAUUACCUGUGGGAUAAAUUCCAGAACUCGAUGGUUGGAAAUAUGAUCUUCUGGUUCAGUUUUUGCAUUCUUGGUCAACCCAUGACUGUGCUUCUAUAUUACCAUGACUUGAUGAAUCGGAAAGGGGCAAACUGUUCAACUUCAGAACACCACUAGGAAACUCCGGCCAGUUACUGGGGUCACGUGAUGCUCACGUGACUGUCAGCAUCUAAGUAGAACUCACUGAUACUAAACCAGAGCCAAUACAAAACCCUUUAUUUUGGAAUUAUCACCGACUUAGCAAAAACACAAAAUCUUAGUCAACUUCACA